AGCACACACGACGGACAGAACGUUGAGCUCACAGAUUUUCCACGUUUUCUUGGCAGUUAUUUCAAAAAAGAAAAGACGAUUUCACUGUAGCCAGCUACUGAGCACAAAAACAUUCAGAAUUUUCUCUAUAGGUAUACUGUGUAAUGAAAACAGAUGAAAAUACUACAAUGCCUUUGGCACGGAUAGCCCGCGCAUACUACCAACUUGCCACAAAAACGAGUCGAUAUUUGUUCAGUGACUCGAGGCAGAGGAUCGUUGCCUAUAUAAUUAUCUUCUUAUGCUUUCUAACACCUCCAUCCACAUCAUUUGUUCUUUAUCAAGGAACAUCUGCAAAAAUUGAAUACAAAGAUGUAAAUAUGCUGAAAGAAAUGAAAAUAGAAGAUAGGAAAGUAAUAUUCGAAUUUUGUAAUUUUGUUGUCAAAUUUCCACAAUACCUUGUAAAAAAGAUGACACUCGAGCAAGUAAGGAAAUCAAAACCAAUUUGUGAACAACUUUUGCUGGGUAUUGCCAAAGUUAGAGAGCAAGAAGCACGUGCACAUCGGGCUCAUAGAGUAUAGAUUAAAAAUCAGUUCAAAAAUUGAAUCAUCUCUUAUCGUUUAUCUCAAAUCUCAAAAAACAGUCAUACAACAAAGAGGGUGCCUCCAGUGAAUCAAAGAGAAUCGACGUCGUUCUUCACAACUUUUUUCACUUUUUUUUUGCCAUUUUUCAUGUUUUUAUUUUCUUGAUUGUUAUAUCGAACAUUUUGUUCCCCGUGCACAACAGUAUUAUUUUCUCCGAAUUUCACUCAUUUCUGUAUGGUCGGUAUUCGUUUACUUUUUACAAAUUUCAUCAUGAUGAAGCUCUAAAACUAUACCGGAUUCCCGUUCAGUUGUUUUCAGUGUUCACUUACGUUGUAUAUUUUGUGUAAAUAAGGUUUUUGUCGGUUAUUUAAAAAACUAUUAAUUAAAAAAAAGAAACUAUAAACUCAUC